AUGUACCUCAGCAAGUUCGAAUCGUCAGGGUUAAUCCUCCCUCGACUAGACAAUCCAGCACGGUAUUCAAGGUUCCAACAGUAUAUGGACACGAAAAUGCUGCUGAUGAUGUUCGUUUCUCGGUUGGCGGAGCAAAUCAGUCCGGAUGAUGUUCUCAUCAACGUGUGCAACCCGGGAAUGACGGCCGGGACGGGCCUUGGAAAGGAUGUUAAGAACCCCGGAUUUGCGGCCCGUUUCUUCAUCCCACUUUUCGUGAAGACUGUUGGACGCUCCGUGGGAGCGGGAGCCAGUGUCUAUAUUCACGCACUGAUAACCGAGGGACGGAAGCGUCAUGGAAGCUUCAUUAGUGACUGGACCAUUAAACCAUACCCUCGUCUGAUGUAUACGCAGAAAGGUCAGAGCAUGCGUGAGAGGCUCUGGCAAGAAACGAUGGAGGAGCUGCAUUUCGCGUCAGAUUCGGGGUUUGCCGAUCUCUUCGCCUCCGGCAGAGAGAAAUUUGUCAACAAUCAGAAUUAA